UUCCAGCACAGUCACACACACACACAGUCACACACACACACACACAGGAAACGCCUUCCUCCAUGUGACAGGCGCUGCCCCCUCUCUGUGAGUCUAUGAGAUGCGCUGGAUAGAGGAGAGGCAGCCAGACACCGAACUCCUAGUAGCUGCCAGUCUCCCUCGCACACACAGAAAGCAAAGCCCUGAGAGGGGGCACCAAGCUGAGGAGGAGCUGCGUGCGCGGUACUGUUUAAUCGUCUCGGCUUUAUGAGAGCAAGGCGGCUGCAAAGACUUUUUACAAGGAGAGGAGGAUGUUCCGAGAAGUCCCAACUCCCGCUGUCACCCUGGGCUUGAGGAGACGCUGAUCCUCAGUUUGGGCCAAUGAGAGGGUUACACUGACUCCUUCUGAUCCUACAGCGACGCACGAGGGGCCCCCAAGUCGUCUCUAAGCCCAGUGCGCGCUAAUAGUGACAGCGACAAUAGCGGGAACUCCCCUCUGGCCGGGAUGGAUUCGCCUGGGGAAAGUUGCUGACCGACGGAGCACUACUUGUAUUAUUCACGCAGAAGGGACGGUGAACUUGGAUGGAUCCGCCGCUGUUUACUCGAUGCUCCGUGCCCGCCGAGUAUGUGACACAGGUGCGCGCCCACAUUCUUUGCUGAAUUCUUCCGACCUGUUGCAGGUGUAUCGGGCUGUGCGACUCGGCUUGCGACUCGGAUGCCUCUCGUGGAGUUUCCUCUGUACCAAUGGGCACGAAGCAGACCAAGGUGUGCCAAGCUUCUGCUGCUGGGGACAGCCCUCAACAUCCAGGCUCCCGCAAGGCCACUCCGGCCAGGGAACGCGGCGACUUCUGGGCUUCUUUUAGCCUGAGGUCUGGUGAGAAACUUGCCAAGAGCGGGGCCGGCAGUGUCCCUCCUUAUCACAGGAGGAUCAGGAUGAUUCAGGACAUGAUGGCGCUGGUCAGACAGGGGAAGCAGGAAGAGGCAAUGGAACUGCUCAGGCACCUGCGCCAGGAUCUGGGAAUGGAGUCUACCUCACUUGAUGAUGUGUUGUACAGAUACGCCAGCUUCCGGAACUUGGUGGAUCCCAUUACGCAUGACUUGAUAAUAAGCCUGGCCAGAUAUGUCCACUGUCCCAAACCGGAAGGGGAUUCUCUAGGAGCCAUGGAGAAAGUAUGCAGGCAGCUGACUUACCACCUGAGCCCUCAUUCUCAGUGGAGAAGACAAGGCAUUGUGAAACGGAAGCCACAGGCCUGCUUGAAAGUUAUAUUGUCUGGGAGGCCCCAUGAAGGCACCAUGGAUAUUUCUGGGAUUCCGCUCAACAUAAAAGAUUUGGAACGUGUGAUACUAUAUCUCCAGUCCAACUCAGAGCACGUGGAGAACGUGGAACUCUGUUUCACUGAACUCACAGACGAAAUGUUUCUCCAGUUAAUGCCUGUUAUUACUUCCCUCCCACACCUCUCCACCUUAUCUCUCAAUGGAAACCGUUUGACAAAAGCCAUCCUGAGGGAAUUGACUGAAGCUCUGAAAGAUCCCAAAAAGUUCCCUAGUAUGACUUGGAUUGACCUUGGAAAUAAUGUGGACAUAUUCUCUCUUCCUCAGACAUUUCUAGUUAGCCUCAAGAAGCGCUGCCCCAAGCAGGGAAAUUUGCCAACAAUUCUAGAAUUUGGAGAGGGGCAGCUCAAUGAACUGGAGAACCAAGAUGGGUCAGUAGAGAACCAAGAAGAUGAAAUUACAGGUGGAGUGUGUGAACACAGUUCAAAGCCAAAAAGCUAGCCGAAUGCUUCCUAAUAUAGAUAUGUAAUAUUAUGGCUACUGAGGUCCAAAUCCGGCAAAACCAAUUUUAUAAAGCAUUAUUUCUCCAGACUUUGUAUAGCAACCACCUCUAAAAUGUGAUUAUUUUUCAAGGUGUUUUUGCCACUAGGAAUUACUCUAAUCAGAAAUUUUGGGAGCAAAACACUGGCUUGCUGGGGAUGAGUUAAUAAGUAGGGCUUCAGAUUGCUCAGUAGGCAGACAACCUGCAGAAGUUAAAUAUUGGCUUGGAAGAAUUCAGGACAAGGUGACCAAUAGGUGACCCUAAAGCUACUACAAUACCAAGUUGUAAUUCAGCUAUAGCUGGGGGGCAGCAGAAUAGAGAACCCCAAACAUCUUCCCUUAUGUAUGCAAAUAAACACAUACACAGAACAGUGCAUUUCUAUUGUGUUACAGCAGAAAAUGGAAUGGAAACCAAAUCAAAGAAUGAUUUCACAGCAUCUCCUGUAAUAAAAAGCAAUUUAUAAAAUGCGAUAUAAGCAUGGGGCAAUUUCCCCCAAAAUCUUCUCUAAUCUCGGAGGAUUUUGAUCCCAGUUUCUCUGCAGUUGCAGCCUCUAGGUUAACUUUGUAUACAUCUAGAUGCAGUUCUUCUCACUUAUUUAAAGAGAAACAAAAAGAAAAGUGCAUGGUGGUGAUCCUCGAAUCAUUCAAAAAGAGGUGAAAAACCUGGCAUCACAAAGUCAAGUCAAACAGACUAGGGGAAAAGGGGUGUUACUAAAAAGGUAUUUAACAACCACAAGUACAUCGUGCAAAGUGCAAUUUCACACAAAAGUUGCCAUGUUUUUUACACACAAUGCAGUGACUUUUUCGCCCUAUAAUUGCAGCUGCAAAGGUAAGAUGUACCUGACACUAUUGCAUUGCCCAAUGCACACAACUUCAAUUUGAUACAAAUUGAAUAUAGCCUCCUCCAUAUGUAUAAAGUUAUUAUAUUAGAGCAACCCAUACAGAGGAGUGUAAAUGUGUCCAGUGCUUGUAAAUGAGCCUACAAUGUCAGUAGAUAAUGGCAGAUUACCUGGAAAGCUUAGACUUCACCUUCCUGAUAGGUAUGUGCCGACUGCCUGCCAUGAGCCGUUUAUUUUUAAGUCAAAUAUAGGCAGAAACAGAUGGUGAAGGAGGCAGCCAUUAUUAUCACUGCCGUUUUUCUGCAUCUUAGCCGGAGUGAAUAUGACUAGUACCCGCAUAGAGAGGAGCAACAAGGGACAGACAGACAGAUACUACUGUGAAUGUCAGUUACAUUUACAAAUAACUUCAAAUCAAUCAAAUGUUUUUAUUAAUAUAUAUUGGAAGAUGCGUUUUAUUAUGCAAUAUAUUUGGGUUUACUUUGCCUUUAUGGUGUAACUUUGCACUUGCAUAAAAACGCAACCUUAUAUUUCUUUGUGAAGCAGCGGCCCAUCCAUGUUAUUGGACAAUUUUGGAAUAGAAAUUGAUUUUUGAGCAUUUUUUCUGGGUACAGGAUGAGGAGACCUAAACAUAUAUAAUGUGAUAUACCAUGUAUACCAAUCCUCUGUUCAUAUGGGGGAGACAAAUGGACCAAAUAUUGUAGGCUACUCAAUUAUAGAUUUACUGUAUAGAGUUCACUAUUACUGUCCACAUUAUCCGUAUAGUCCUGAGAGACUGGUUCAACGGAUUUACUAGUCAUUACUACUCUCAUUAUAACUACACUGUUUCUAACAAGAACAGUUUUAUAACUCACACGUUAGUUUAUAAUAACUAUACAAAUGUAUAGAUGUACAGAUACUCCAACAAAGCAACAUGUUUACAUUUGUAUGUGUUUUUUUCCCAAUAAAGUGCACAGUUUCAA